AUCGAGGCGCGCCGGGCCGGUUGCCAUGGUGACGGCGGCCAUGGAUGGCGGCGGGCGGCCCUCGGGCCUGCAGGCCGCGCUGCUGGCGGCCAGCGCCGCGCUCACGGCGCUGCUGUGCUCCGCCUACCGACACAAGGCCCGGCAGGCCCGCGGCCUCCAGGGCGCCAGGAGGCUGCGGCUGGACGGGGAGCUGCGGGCCGUGCUGCUGGAGGCGCCGGGGCGCUGCGUGCCCUAUGCGGUCAUUGAAGGCGUGGUGCGCUCGGUGAAGGACACCCUGAGCAGCCAGUUCGUGGAGGAUUGCCGCGGCGUGGUGCAGAGGCUGACGCUGCAGGAGCACAAGAUGGUGUGGAACCGAACCACACACCUCUGGAACGACUACGAGAAGGUGAUCCACCAGCGCACCAACACGGCCCCCUUCGACCUGGCCCCCCCGGAGGACGGCGCCGGCGUGGCCGUGCGGGUGAUGAAACCCCUGGAAGCCGCCGAGCUCAGCCUGGAGACGGUGCACGAGAAAUUCCACCCCUCGGUGCAAUCCUUCACCGACGUCCUCGGCCACUACAUCAGCGGCGAGCGCCCCAAGGGCAUCCAGGAGACCGAGCAGAUGCUGAAGGUGGGGACGCUGCUGACGGGCGUGGGGGAGCUGGUGCUGGACAGCGACACCGUCAAGCUGCAGCCACCAAAACAGGGCCUGCGCUACUACCUCAGCAGCGCCGAUUUCGACACCUUGCUGCAGAAGCAGCAGGCCAGCGUCCGCCUCUGGAAGAUCCUCGCCUUCCUUUCGGGUUUCGCCACCUGCACCGUCCUCUUCUUCCUCCUGCGCAAGCAGUACCGGCACCGCCGCGAGAGGAGGCGCCUCCAGCAGCUGCAGGAGGAGUUCAGGCAGGCCCAGGAGCUGCGGCUGAGGCACGAAAACGCCGCGGAGGUGCCCAAAAACGCCUGCGUGAUUUGCCUGAGCAACGCCAAGGCCUGCGUCUUCCUGGAGUGCGGCCACGUCUGCUCCUGCACCGAGUGUUACCGCGCCCUGCCCGACCCCAAGGCGUGCCCCAUCUGCCGGCAGCGCAUCACCAGGGUGGUUCCGCUCUACAACAGCUGAAGCCCCGCGUUUUGGGGGGGCUUUGGGGGCAUUAAAGCCCCCGAGGGGGUUUUCUCGCUGGUCCUGCUUCGGUUGGGGCGGAUGGUUUUGUGGUGUGUUUUUUUUUUUUUGUUUUCUUUAGGAGAAAAUCCUGGCUGGGGAAGAGGGAGGGGGUUGAGCAGAGCGGGGCGCUUUGGCUGGGUGCAGAGGAAAGUGUGCGUGGAGACACAAAACCAGCUGAAAUACCCCAAAGUGGGAAAAUUCGGUGCCCGAAAGCUGCGAGAGGGCUGCUGGGAGGCUGCGGCCGGCGGGCAGCACUGCCACCUAGCAGCAGCUCCUCCGCCCCCUGAGCAGGACGGCUUUCUGCAGAGCUUCUGGGGGGGUUUUUCGCCAGCAGUGGGGUUUCUGUGAGGAGGGGAGCGGCGUUUCCCCCGCUCCUGCCGCUUGUGGGUUCCUCACGGCGCCGGGACGGGACGAGGAGGAAGUGAAAAUGGGAUUUGUGCGGCCAGGCUUGAGCUGGGAGCUGGGACGGGCUGUAAAAUAAUAAAAGUGGCUGAGAGGAG